CGGUCAUGUGAUCAGCUGUGUCCAAUCACAGCUGAUCACAUGGGACAUGUACACUGAUCAUCAGGGCACUAAUGAUCAGUGUGCCCUGAUGAUCAGUGUGGCCCCAGAAGUGCCACAUUCCAGUGCCCAUCAGUGCCACGUGCCAUUGCCCAUCAGUGCCACAUCAAUGCCACAUAUCAGUGCAUACCAGUGCACAUCAAUGCCACAUAUCAGUGUCAUGUAUCAGUGCUGCCCAUCAGUGAUGCCUGUCAAUGCCCAUCAGUGCAACCUACCAGUGCCUCCUCAUCAGUGCCCAUCAGUGCCACAUAUCAGUGUCCAUCAG